AUGUACUCCGCUAAUCGUUCUCAUCGUGCUGAGACGAGAAAUCGUACAAAGGAUGAGCUUCGAAAAGUCAUCAGUUCGAUAGAAAAAGUGCGAAAGUGGGAGAAGAAGUGGGUACUCAUAAAGGACACUCAAAUUAAGAUCCAGAAGUGGGUCCCGGGUAAGUUGGUUUCUUUUUCUUUCAACGGAUGUCCUGAUCUAUUUAUUUAUAUAAUCUUAUAA